AUGAUCAAUCCUAGAACCUCCAAACCAAGCCCUUUCCGCCUCGCAAUUCCAGUCGUUGCUACAGCCGCCCUCGGGACGGCUCUCUACUACCGCACUCGAACAUCAAGUAAUAAAAUCCCGAAGGGCGAGGAGCUUCGCAAGCAGCGCUCCACCGAAGGCCUCAGCGGCGCUGGCCUUGCGGGGUCCGACUUCCCAUCAGAGGGAGCGCACAAGGGUGUUCCCCAUACGGACGCCUCUCGGCAUGAACUCCCGUCUUCAGGCGCUAUAGGGGCGGGAGAGGGUGGCGGAAAGACAAAUGUGAGGGCCGUUGAUAUGUUUCAAAGCCCACCCUCGACCGGCGAUGCCUACCCCUCUUCUCAAAAGCAACAGUCUGGUGUUCGCGAUAAGGAUAAAACCUCAGAUUCGGCCACGGCAGGCGCCAAACGCGCUCAAUGA